GUGGUUUCUUGAUGGGAUAGAAGCCCCAUUGCAAGUAAUGGCCAAGUGAGCUGUAGAUGAGUGGAUGGAUUCCAACAGGGUUAGGGGUGAAGUUCAGUAGUAGCUAGCUCACCAAUUGUUAAUGCUGAUGGCAAGGAAAUGCAGACAUGGUUUGGGCCAAUGCCACAGGUCUUGAUGGUUGGGCUUGUUUUGUUAUACUGAUGAUUGAGCAUAAUUCUCCAGCAUCGAAUCCAAUUUUGGAAAUCAUGUUGUUGCGAGUACGCAUAGGAGUUGCUCGAUGUGCAGCAUAUCACUCUGCUGAUGGUAUUGAACUCAAAAACAACCCAUAUGGUAGUUUAUGGCUUAUUGGAGAUUGAACCGAGCAGGAUGGAUAUGGUGCUCAGGCCACUGCUGUGGAAGUGCUUUUCAGAUCUCCACCCCUUCAUCGACUGCAUCCAUCUAGCAUUCACUACCAACUGGCCACUCCAAACAUCGAGUCGCUUACACGAGCCACAUCCAUUCCUCUCGAGUUUACAUCCCGACCAACUCCAUUGUCAAGCAUUUAUAUUCCGCCUCGCAUUGUUUUGUUUUCGUGCUGUUUUGCGAUUCAAACGACCAUCACCAAACUAGCUUCCCGUUUCUUCCAUCUUGUAAACUAUUCAAUUUACACUUGCUUAACCUGUAACUCCGAGGCAUUUAUGAACAGUUCGACUUCUACCAAUACAGACCUACCAUCUGUACCCCCUGAUUUCCCCAGUAUUCUCAAUGAUCUUAACCGUGCCAUUCUUCGUGCUCAGCCUACUGACAUUUUAGAGUUUUGUGCAGAGUACUUUAGACUAAAGACCAUGGACCACCAAGUAGCGGUUCCUGCUAGCUCAGAAGAAUUUUACACAAACAUCCAACAGUCAUACACUAUGCCUGCUGGCUCCGCUGUGGAGAAUGGCGACUCGACUAUGCAGGUCGAGCAUGAACCUUUUUCAGAUGACGAUGACGCUACAGGAAGCAACGAUGAUAUGGUUGUAGAAUCAUUACCGCCACCCCCUACAAAUCACAAUCGUGGACGCCGAACCUCGGUCAGUGCGGAAUCUAUGGCACCAAGUGCUGACAAAGAUUAUAUUAAAAUCGAUAUCCCAAAAACCUCUGAGCAACGCAAGCGAAUCGAGAGCGCUAUUCAUGCCAACUUUCUUUUCCGUUCACUUGAUGAAGAGCAGUAUACCGAUGUCGUGAAUGCUAUGGCAGAAAAAAAAAUAACCGCUGGUGAGGAGGUGAUCAAGCAAGGUGGUAUUGGCGACUACUUUUACAUUGUCGAAACGGGUGCGCUGGAUGUUUUUGUUGCUCGCAAUGUCAAUGGGCAACUACAACUCCCCGCCAAGGUUACCGAUUACGGGCCCAACGGUAGUUUUGGUGAACUGGCCCUCAUGUACAACGCUCCCCGUGCAGCUACAGUCAUUGCAACUCAGGACUCUGUUCUUUGGGCGUUGGAUCGUGUCACUUUCCGUCGCAUCCUUAUGGAAAACACAUCUCGCAAGCGUCGCAUGUAUGAAGCCUUUUUGGAAGAGGUUCCUUUACUUGUGUCACUUGAGCCAUACGAACGCCAUAAGAUUGCUGAUGCUCUUGAAUCGGUUACUUUUUCUGAUGGAGAUGUUGUUAUCCGCCAGGGCGAUGUGGGUGACUGUUUUUACAUUAUCGAAGCCGGUGAAGCAACCGUUACUCAAACUGAUGAGAAUGGUGUCGAUCAUAUCAUGCAUGCCAUGAAAAAAGGCGAUUAUUUCGGAGAACUUGCACUGUUGACGGAUAAGCCCAGAAAAGCUACAAUUUCUGCCAAAGGCAGGCUAAAGUGUGCAUCUCUUGGAAAGAAAGCUUUUGUGCGACUUCUUGGCCCUGUUGUUGACAUUAUCAAGCGUAAUGCCAACAACUAUGAAACUGUAUAUCAGAAAGUGGAACUGGAGUAG